CACACACUCAAUUCCCCAGCAGUGCCACAGCUGGAAGCACCAUGGCCCCCUGCCCCUGCUUCCCCACCUCCCGCGCACCCUGCGGGCUGUGUGGCCCGGCACUGUUGCUCGGUGCUGGGAUGAGCGGGCACUUGCUGCUGCCCGGUCUGCUCCUGCUCUUUCCCCUGACCACAGGCUGGACCGCUUCCAACUGCCUAGUGACGGAAGGCUCCCGGCUGUCUCUGGUCUCCCGCCUCUUCCUGAUCUGCCCCGUGGACGCCCGCCUGUCGCUGCUCGCCCUGUGCACUUCCGUGACCAACCUGACAGAGGCCUUGGCCGCCGUGCCCGGGAGUGUGGAGGGGCUCUGUCUCAGCGGCUCUCCUUCUGUCCUGCCACGGGAUGCUUUCUCCAACUUCCCUGGGCUCAAGAUCCUGGGGCUGAACCUGCAGCUCACCCAGGUCCUGCCGGGAGCUUUCCGGGGCUUGGGACAGCUGCAGCAUCUCGCUUUCUUGGCUCCACCCCUCCAGGAGAGAUACCUCCUCCUGCCUUCUGAUGCCUUUGGUGACCUGAGAGUCCUCCGCCAGCUUUCUUUUUUGGGCCCCUGCCUGGACAAGAACUCAAGUGUCCAGUUGCCUCCUAGCCUGCGCCAGCUGUCUGUCAAGUACAGUUGCCUCCAGGACGUGAGGACGCUGGCCGACGUCUUCCCAGAUCUAGUGCGUGGCCUCUCCCCUGGGCAGCCCUGGAGCCUGGACAUGUUGGAUCUGUCCUUAAACAAACGCUUGAGGAUGGCCAGCCCCGGGGCCCUUCGGGGCCUCAAGCUGGGGACCCUGCAUCUGGAUCACACGAAGAUGAAGGCAGCAGCAGUGGCGGGGCUGGGGCUGCAGAGCCUGGCCACCCUGUCUGUGCUGGACACGGACACGGCCGAGCUGCCUGUGGCGGGGGGUGCCCCGGAGCUGAAUGUGGGCUCCAAUAGGCUCAGGCACAUAGCCCCGGGAUCCCUGGCUUCCUGUCACAGCCUGGAGAGCUUGGUUUUGCAGAGCACUGGACUGACCGAGUUGCCCCCAGGUUUGCUGGAUGCCAUGCCCCAGCUUCAGAGACUGAACCUGGCCAACAACCAACUGCAGAGAGCCAGGCUGUGCAUGAACGAGACUGGGGCUGUGGCAGGACUGCGGGCCCUGGAUCUGUCCAACAACAGGCUGAGUAACCUGAGCCUAGUCACUUUCUCCUGCGUGCCCCAGCUGCGGGAGCUGCUGCUUCGGGGAAACCAGCUGGCCCGCUUCGAGGGCCAGGUGUUCCAGGGCCUACAGAGGCUAGAGAGCCUGGACUUGAGCAAGAACCCACUGGUAGAAUUGGGCAAGGGCUGGUUGGCUUCUCUGCCUGCACUGAGGACUCUAAACCUGUUGGACACCCAUUUGGUGCUGAGCCUAGCCUGGGACUUCCGGGGCCCAGAGAAUCUUCAAGACCUGAGACUGCAGUUGCCUUCUGGCCCUUCUGGGGCGGCCUUGUCUCUGCCCGGGAGGCUGACCAGCUUGCAGCUUCAGGCGGUCUCUGGCAUGAAGCUCCGAGAGCUGUCCCCGAAUGUCUUUCCAGUCUUACAGACCCUGACUUUAGAUGGCUGGGGCCUACAGCUGGAGACCUGGAAUAUCUCGAAGACCUUUCCUGCCCUUCAUCAACUCUCCCUGCUUGGUAGUAGCUUGAAGGCCCUAUGCUCUCAGGACACCUCUAGCGUCUUCCUAUGGCACCUCCCCAGGCUCAGGUCCCUGAGGGUUCAGGGAGACAGACACAGCCCCAGGCCCUGCCGCAUCACAGGACUGCCCAGCCUGCAGGAACUAACGCUGCAUAGCCUGCAGUCCUGCUCCCGGCCUCGCCCAGUGCGGCUCGAGGAGCUGGUGGGUGAGCUGCCCAAGCUAGAGGUGCUACAGCUGGUACAGACGGGGCUGGAGACGCUGUCUGCGGCUGCUUUCCAGGGCCUGGGCAGCCUCCAGGUCUUAGUGCUAGACGGGGAGGAAGGCCUUGUGCUGGACGACAGCCUCCAGGACCAGAGUCCCCACAUGCCCCAGUACAUGUACCUCGUGAACUCAUUCUUGGCCUGCCAGUGCGCCAAUGCCUGGGUGGGGCCCUGGCUCGAGCGGUCUUCCAGGACAUACAUGCACACAACAAUAUCCCAGCGGUGCCAGCUAGAAUCUGGGGGCCCCUCCAGGCACCCCCUUUUCCCCUUUCUCUGGAGUCACUGCCCUCGGACUUUGGGGCUGGGACUCUUCCUGGGCAGCUCUGCCUUGCUGCUUCUGUUGGCUUCCCUGCCUCUCCUGCAGGAAGCCAGGAGCUCCUGGAUCCUCUACCUGCAGGCCAUGCUCAGGGCAUGGUUCCAGGGUGUGAGGGGUCAGAGGGGAAAGGACAAGAGGUUCCGCUAUGACGUGUUUGUGUCCCACUGCAGGCAAGACCAGGGCUGGGUGGUACGGGAGCUGCAGCCCAGGCUGGAGGGCUGUCCUCCGGAUGGCUGGGGGCUACGUCUCUGCCUCCCUGAGCGGGACUUUGAGCCGGGCAAGGAUGUGGCUGACAAUGUGGCCGACAGCAUGGCUGGAAGCCGGGUCACGCUCUGCGUGCUGAGUCGCCAGGCCCUGCGCAACCUCCGCUGCCGCCUGGAGCUCCGCCUGGCCACCUCCCUCCUGCUGGCCGCCCCCCACCCCCCGGUGCUGCUGGUGGUCUUCCUGGAGCCGAUCUCUCGUCACCAGCUCCCCCACUACCACAGACUGGCCUGGCUGCUCCGCCGGGGAGACUACUGCAUGUGGCCCAAGCAAGAUGAAAGAAAGGCUGACUUCUGGGCUUGGCUGGGGAGCAGACUGGGGCGGCCUGGGUAGGGGUGGGCAGAGUGGGUGCGCACGCGGUGGAUGGGGGGCGGGGAAAGCAAGCCAGCCUGGCGGCGCUGAACGGGGCAGCCCGGAGGUGGUGUGGCUGCUGCCUUUGCAGGGAGGGCCAAAUGUGGAAGCACAGGCUUUGGGAGCUCUGUGGGCUGGGAGAGGGCAUUUGGGAUGGGGCAGGAGACCGUGUGUUACAACCUCAGUAAAUUUACUAAAUCCAC